CCAGAUGUUCCUCUUGGAUCUGCUCAGCUUUGCCAGGAACUCCUGAGCCUUGGAUGAAGGGACUGCAACAGAGGACAUUGAUGGGGCAGUUCCAGCUCCUGCCACUGGAUGGAAGCACAACGAGGUGACUUUUGUAAAUCUGCAGCGGAGAAUGAAACGGAAGGAAAUAAGACAUGAAGCGCAGACGGAACGUUUCUGACACCAUGAAGGAAUUCAUUCCAACUAAACCUUCCUCUGACGUCUGGUUUGAUCUCACCGGUCCAAAUGUACCGACCACUGAGCUGGAACGAUCAGCAAAACGUCGUGAUAUGUGAGCACAAAGACUCGGAUUCAGAGUGCUGGUAAAUACACAGUGAUGGUCGACUAUGAGAAAGGUGAAGAGCUCUCAGUAAAGAGUGGAGACAUGGUGCAGCUGGUCAAGGAGGGCGACGACGCACAAUGGUUUGUACGAAACCUGAACACAUCUAAGGAGGGCUGGAUCGCUGCUGCUCAUCUCAUCACCCUCAUCGGGAAGUCCAAGUCUUGUCAGUCUCUCACCAGCUCAGAAGGCAGCGGCUCUGGAAACCUCAGCACAUCAUCCAGCUGCAGUGAAACCUACACAAGCUUCUCUGACAUCAAACCCUGAACUCUUCUGCACUUUCUCUGUCAUCCUGAACGCUCGCGUCACGUCGCUCUCUGUGCUGUAUUGCCAACAUCAUACGAAUAUUUUCCACAGAAGGCUGUAUUUUUCCAUUAUUUUUAUCACGCACAAGCACCCUAGACAAAGACAAUGGCACGUUUAGCUGCUGAUGCAUAACAGAUGUACACGUUACAUGAAGUAGUUUCACAGGAUAGUCGAGGGAUCCUCCUCUAGUCACAAACGUGUCUGUUUAUUUUUAUGAAGACAGACGAUCGUAUUGUAAUAGAUGUAUGAAUGGGCCAGCAGGACUGAUCUCAGUUGAUGCAUCUGUUUGUGUUCAGCGGGUUAAUAUCAGCGAUCGUGUGUCAAUGACGGCUGUGUGUGUUCAUCUGUGCUAAUUUACCCAGAAAUUUGUUUUUCAGCUGUUACUGUACAUAAAAAAGAGGGACAGAGAUGAAUAUGUACGGCUUGUUUAGCUCAACUGAAUGUUUUCUGAGAUGUUUUCCUCUGCUUUUCUCCCUUUACAGGUUUAUUUAUUUGCAGGAAACACCCACAUAUGUUCAGUUACUUGUAAUUUCCUUGCUGUAUUUUUACUCUCCUCCUGUUUGUCUGUCUGUCGUCAACCUGCUGUUAGGAACCUGAUCUGCCACCUGUCCAAACUUUGUGUCCCUUCAUGUCUCCGACGGCCUCGUGGUCUAACUCUUUAUGGGUCUUCACAUACUAUGCUACAGUUUACAGAUGUCUCUCAGUGUGAAUAAUCAGAGAUCACUGUAUAGCGCUAACUUAUUCCCUGCAGAGGGAUCGUGUUCUGAAUGUAGAUAUUGUUCAUUAAUAUCCGUCUGUCAUGAAAUGUUUGUUAAUGGAGAUGCUAUAUUGUACAGUAAGUAUGGUGAUGUCACUACUUUGUGACUUGUCAAAGUUUUUUACGUAAACGACUUGCGAUAAGGGCUGCACAGUGGAAUAAGUGGUUAGCACUUUGGCCUUGCAGCAAGAAGAUCCUGGUUCAAAUCUCGGCCUGGGAUCUUUCUGCAUGUAGUCUGCAUGUUCUCCCUGUGCAUGCGUGGGUUUUCUCCGGGUACUCCGGCUUCCUCCCACAGUCCAAAAACAUGCUGAGGUUAAUUGGUUAUUCUAAAUUGUCCGUAGGUGUGAAUGUGAGUGUGAUUGUGUGUCUGUAUAUGUAGCCCUGUGACAGACUGGUGACCUGUCCAGGGUGUCCCCUGCCUUCACCUGAGUCAGCUGGGAUAGACUCCAGCACCCCCCAUGACCCUAGUGAGGAUAAAGCGAUGUAUAGAGAAUGGAUGGACUUGUGAUAAUUGAGUCACAGUCUCACUGCUCGCUGUUUCUAAUUUACAACUCCUUUGUGUUGUUUCUUUUGUUUUACUGAAUCCUCUGAUGCAUUUAUGUCAUAGACUGUAUAUAAAGAUGGAUGUAGCAUCUGGCUCCAAAAUUGAAGCCCACUCGGAAGUGUCAAAAACUUGCAAUAUCACGCCGUCUGCUAGGGUUGGCUCCAAAAAGCUUUUUCUCCAUAGACCCCCAUUCAUUUUUGGAAAAAAUAAAACUUGAUAGACUGAUGUUCUACAGCUCAGGAUUUUUUUCCCGUUAGUUUUCAUGGUCAAAAUGAGAGAUCAGGUGGCCGAUCUUAAAAUAAAUCAAUACUGAAUUUUAAAUAAAUCGUUAAAGUUGGCGGAGCCAGGGGGCGUGGCUACACUUGAUAGACAGCAACAGAAGCCUCUGCGGUAAAAUGUGGGCGGGAUAAGAGAGUCUUCAGCCAAUCCUGCUCCUAGUUGCUCUCUGGUCCAGCCUGUUUGAUGACGCUUUUUACGUCACUGGCUCCAAAAAAUCCAAAAUGGCGACCAGGAAGUAGCAAAAUCCGGGCUUCAUUUUCUCGGCGUUGAAACCAACGGGUGACGUCACGGUUAGUUCAUGCCUGAUUUAUGUGCACAGAUUUUACGAAGACAAGCAAAUGAGGCCUCUCAGAGAUAGCGUUCGGGAACGGACGUCAUACCGCGGUGGAUUAUGGGAUGCGCCCGCCAUGUUUGUGGCCUGGAAAUGUAAACAGCCGAACAGCGUCGUCCGUGGAAUAGAUCGUUUAUGUCCAAAAAAUGGACCGAAAGAGAGGCAAAUGCCCUAUUAUCUACAGGGAAAAACUGAACAACGAAGCCAAGCAAAGAUACAUGGAAAAAAUUGGAUUAAUUGGUGGGAUAGAUCCAUACGAGCACCAAAGCUGGUCCAGUGACUAUGACCUUCUGCCUAACAUCACUUUCCCAGAUAUUUUCGCCUAUCUGGUUUGUGGAACAAGUGUCUACACAGCUCAACAGUUUAAAAGUUAUAAAUCGUUAAAAGCUCACCAACUAUUCACCAGCGGAUGGGUCCAGGAUUUACAGAUUUUCCGCGUGAACAAAGAAAAAACUUUAAUUCGUUUGAAGGAUGAAUGAACCACCGCUGCAGCCAUGGGUCAUCAUCAGCUCCAGUGGCCAAGUGGACUGUGCACACUGCACUUGCAUGGCUGGCAUUGCUGAAUCAUGUACGCAUAUGGGAGCACUACUGUUUAAACUGGAGGCGGCCGUGAGGAUUAGAGGAACCAAGACUGUCACUGAUGUUCCAGCAUAAUGGGUAAUGCCUGGUAAUGUGCAAAAGAUUCAUAGAGAGGUAGCUCACAAGAUAGACUUUUCUACUGCUGCAGCUAAAAAAAGACAAUUUGAUGAUAGUGUUGGAGGAGUUAAGAUGCCUGGAAUUCGCACACAUGCUGGCACAGUCCAUCCUUGUAAGCACAGCCCCACACUUUUAGACCUUCAGCCUCUCCUUGCCAUCUUGAACUCUGACACCAAAGCUGUUUGUUUGAGUGGGAUGGAAGACUACUAUGAACAAGAUGUAGACCCUGUCCAACCACAAAUGCAACCAAAAUCUUUGCUGUGUCUAAGAGAUACAAGUAAGGAAGACUGUGAGUUAUCAGUGCUCAAGCAGCAUUGUGAAGGGCUCGUACCCAUGACAGCAGCAUCAGAGAGUCAGGCAGCCUUGAUAGAAGGCAAAACCAGACUUCAACAUCUCUGUAAAUCUUGGUAUUCAUUGAGAGCUGGAAGAAUAACUGCUUCUAAUAUCCAUGUUGUUAUUUCAUCAAACCUCUCCACAUCAGCAAUUUCCACCAUCAACAGAGUUUGUCACCCUCAAAAAAAAGCACACACGCCAGCCACCAAAUGGGGAGUUGAUCAUGAAGACACAGCAAGACAGGUGUACCUCUGUAAUGUUGGGCCAAAGCAUAUCAAUUUCAGAGUUCAGCAGUGUGGAUUUAUUAUCAACCCAUCCUUUGCAGAAGUUGGAGCAUCACCAGACGGCCUCAUUGACUGCUCUUGCUGUGGCAAAGGCUCUCUGGAGAUAAAGUGUCCAAUUUUGUACAGAAAUGAAUCAAUCCAGCAAGCUUGUAAAGAAGACAGACAGUUUUGUCUCAGUUUAACAGAUGGUAUUGUAGCACUAAAGCAUGGACAUCCUUACUACAGCCAGAUUCAAACCCAAAUCCAUGUCACAAAAUCUGAGUAUUGUGACUUGGUAGUGUGGACUUUAAAAGACUUUGUUGUUGUUGGACUGUUCCCUGAUCACACCCACUGGAGAAACAUUUUGGUGAAAGCACAGAACUUCUUCCAAAAAGUCUGUCUGCCAGAGCUAGUUGCCUGUUAUUUUACGAAAGCACACAGCGCAGCACAUGAACAGCAACCUCUGAAGGACAUCACACAAGUAUUGAACACAAACACCAGAAAGAAAAGGAAACGAGAGACUGCUGCUAAAGUAUGGUGCUUGUGCCAAGGCCCGGAGUCACUGGAUGACAUGGUUGCAUGUGACAAUGAAAACUGUAAAAUCCAGUGGUUCCAUUAUCGAUGUGUGGGGCUUAGAAAGGCGCCUUCAACUAGUGAAGAAUGGUUCUGUCCAGACUGCAAACACAGCUAGGGGUGCAAACUUCUGUUUCAACUCUGAUUUAAAUUAACCAGACUGUUCUAUGCUCUUCAAUUCCGUAUUUCCUAUUGUCAGUGAGAGCACUUGAACGUUUAGCACUACAAUGCAUUUUGACAGAAUACAACAGAAAAUGAUUAUGAACAAAAUAAAAUGUUUAUUAGAAAACA